AUGGCGUGGUUCACAACUCUUCCGCGAGGAUCCAUCACCAACUUCCGAGAUUUUUCGUCCAAAUUCCUCGUCCAGUUCUCAGCGAGCAAGACUAAGCAAGUGACGAUCGAGGACUUGUACAACGUGCGACAAUCUGCAGGGGAGACUCUGAAACAAUACGUGAAACGAUUCAGUGCUGCGUCGGUAAAGAUUGAGGAAUCGGAGCCGAAUGCUUGUGCCCGGGCCUUCAAAAAUGGUCUACAACUUGGAAAUCUAAAAAGCAAACUGAGUCGUAAGCCGGCCAAAUCGAUGGCGGAGGUACGCACGCGGGCGAACACGUACAUCCUUGAUGAGGAGGACGACGCUUUCAAGCGACGAAGGGCGAAGGUGGAAAAGGAUGGUGAUCAGGGGGACGCGUCGCCAGAGGAUAAAGCAAGCAAAGACAAGGUUGAAGGGAGUAAGAGGCGAGACAGGAAAGUCCGGGCAGCGGAGAAGACAACGAGAGACCCUUUGUAUCCAAGGAGGGACAAUGCUGAGCAUCGCCGACCCUGGCACCAGGCUGACUCUCGUCGGCGUGGAGAGUCGGGAAAGAGUCUGAGUGCUCAUCUAACGGAGCUGCUGCGUGAGGUCAAGGUGACCCAUGCCGUUGAAGAAGGCGAAAGGGAAGCCGACCCGCUGCGACCAAAAUCAGAUAAGACUAAGUGGUGUGAGUAUCAUCGGUCAGCAGGACAUGAUACAGGGGAUUGUUUCACUUUAAAGAAUGAGAUAGAAAAGCUCAUCAGAGCAGGGCGAGCGCAGCUAGAUGACCGCAAUGAGCGUUGGAAUGGCGAGCGACAACAGGGAAAUAGGUAUAGGAACUCUCGCCAGCAGGAUGAUCGCCGACGGGAGGAUCGCCGCCGCACGCCGAGUGCAGAAAAGAAGGAAACACUGGCUACCAAGAAAAAGAACGCAGAAGAAACAUUUAAUAAAGAUCUCGACCCACCGGUGGGCACAAUUAAUACAAUUGCAGGUGGUUUCGACGGAGGAGGAGAUACAGCUUCAGCGAGAAGAAGACAUGUCAGGGCAGUAACCUCGGUGCAACAAUACCAAGCUCCUUUUGGUUUCCAGCAUCCGGAUAUAGUAAUCUCAUCAGCGGAUUUUGAGGGAGUCAAAAUGCAUAAAGAUGAUCCGGUGGUCAUUAUGGUUCGGAUCAACAGCUUUAAUGUUCGCCGGGUGCUUUUGGAUCAAGGUAGCUCCGCCGAUAUCAUCUACGGGGAUGCGUUUGAUAAGCUGGGUUUAACCGAUAAGGAUUUGAUGCCUUAUACAGGAACGCUAGUAGAGUUCUCGGGCGAGCAGGUAUGGGUGCGAGGUUAUAUAGAUCUAGACACCGUUUUCGGAGUAGAGGACAACGCCAAGCUCCUUCGUGUAAGGUACCUGGUGAUACAAGUUGUAGCCUCGUACAACAUUAUCAUUGGGAGGAAUACCUUAAACCGUUUGUGCACCGUCAUUUCAACAUCCCAUCUUGCAGUAAAGUACCCGCUGCUUUGUGGGAAGGUGGGGAAAAUUGUGGUUGAUCAAAGAAGGGCGAGGGAAUGCUACAAUAAUUGUCUCAGCAUGUACGGGAAAAAAGGAGCAGGCGAGGGACACCGGUGUCAGGAAAUUGAGAUCCAACAGGAAGGUCAGAAUGAGCAGAGUAGGUCAAGGGUUGAGACGCGGGAGAUAGACCAUGGGAGGGCGAAAAGGCAGAGGAAUAACCAGAGGCGAGUUGAAGAAGAAGUCGGGAAGACAGAAUGGGACAGACCGUUCACAGACAUUACAGCGGAAGAACGGUGGGCAGGCAUCAUGGAUGACCCAGAAAGGUAUAAGUUCAGUAGGGGAGUGUUGGCGAUUGAGCCUAGGCUCACCCUUGAGCAAGAAAGACGGUUGGAAAAGCUCGUAUAG